AUGUCUGAUAUGAAGAACAAUAGCAUGGAUGACGAAAAAGGGAUCCCGCAUACCAGUAAUGGGAUUCUAGAAUCGCACUAUGGCGAUGUCGAGGACCCAUUGGAGGAGAAUGAAGUAUUCAAAAAGACGCAUGAUGGUGUUGAUUUUAGGACUGUUGGUUGGAAGAGAGCAGCUGUUAUUUUCUUGAAGGUCAUCUUCGCGACCGGUGUUUUGAGUAUCCCUUCGGCUAUGUACUCUCUGGGUGCAGUCGGUGGAGCUCUUUCGGUCAUUGGCUGGGGAGCACUGAACACUUACACGGCUGUCUUACAAGGAGACUUCCGUAACUCACACGCGGGGUGCCAUUCAAUCGCUGACAUGGCAGACGUGAUUGGAGGCGUAGUCCUGAAAGAGCUUUGUGGAGCACUGUUCCUGAUCGCAUAUGUUCUCUGCGCUGGAUCUGGCAUCCUUGGAGUCUCAAUUGGUCUGAAUGCCCUCUCGACACAUGCAGCUUGCUCAGUUUGGUGGUCGUUCCUGGCUACCAUCGUUGUCGCAGCAACAGCUUCAGUCCGCAAAUUUCACACCAUCGGAUUUUUGACGUGGGCCGGUUUUGUCAGUAUCUUCGCCGCAGUCUUCAUCGUUGUUAUUGCCGUCACGACCCUGGAUCGCCCGGCCUCAGCCCCCCAGACAGGAGACUAUGACUUCGGAUACUAUGUUAUCGCGCACCCGACUUUCGUAGCCGGCAUAACUGCAUCCGCAACUAUCUUCGUCUCUUCAGCGGGGACUUCCGCAUUCUUGCCUGUCAUCUCUGAGAUGCGCAAUCCCAAGGAUUUCAAGAAAGCCCUGUACUGCUGCAUGGGCUUCGUGACAGCCGCAUAUCUCACUCUGUCGCUCGUGGUGUACAAAUGGUGCGGGAAAUGGGUUGCCUCCCCGUCUCUCGGCUCCGCAGGUCCAACGAUCAAGAAAGUCUCAUAUGGAAUCGGUCUCAUCGGUCUCAUCGUGUCGGCGACUCUGUACCUGCACGUAGCAGCCAAGUACCUCUUUGUACGCAUGCUGCGUAACACUCGCCAUUUGCAGCAAAGCACGUGGCAGCACUGGACCGUGUGGCUCUCUUGCACUUUCGGUCUCGCAUCCCUCAGCUUCAUCCUUGCGGAGGCCAUUCCGAUCUUCAACUACUUGAUUGCGCUGACGGGCAGUAUCUGCUUUGCACCCCUAGCAAUCAUGCUGCCAGGCGCCCUGUGGCUCUAUGACCACGGCCAUUACCGGACUGGAAGUGCUGUGCAAAAGGCUAUGUAUUGGUCACAUUGGUUUCUGCCUCUUUUGGGCAUGUUCAUAUGUGUUGGUGGCACGUACGGUGUGGUGAAGUCGAUAAUUGAAGCUUACGCGACUGGUGAAAUUGGGGGUGCUUUCGCUUGUGCUGAUAACUCGAAUUCGCUAUAA